AUGUGCUUAAUAUGUGGCUCCCCGGUAGCCGAGCCACAUUUCGGAGGAAUAUCUUGUCGAGCAUGUGCGGCAUUUUUUCGUAGAUACCAUCAUGCGAAACGAGAUGUGACACAAUGUACCUGUAAGAUACUAACGUCGAAAUCCCAUCCAUGCCGAAGAUGCCGGGUUUUGAAAUGUUUCGAGGCGGGGAUGACAGUUGAAAAAAUUCGAGUGAAUCGAGACAAAAAUUCCACUACAAUAGCAAUUUCAGAAAGUCCAUCAUCAUUGUUAACAGCCCGAAUAAUUCUUCGCGAUACUUCCAAUGUUCAUUGUGCCGUGCUCCACUGGAAACAAUUCGAAGUGACUCGAAGUAAAAUUGCAGAUGGAACCUACAACCAGUUGAACAUUUUUGAACUUUCGUGUGCUGUCAGCAAGGAUAUUGGUUUGACAAAAAUGGUUCACAAUCUGUUUCCUUCCACGGAAAAACUGAAAAAUGGCGAUAAGGGAGCUCUUUUGCGGAACUUUAUUCCAAAGUUAUGGCUGAUUGAUCCUGUCUUGGAUUAUAUACGGAAUUUUGAGGAAUACGAUGCGAUUGGACAAUCUGAUUUAGAAAAACUAAUCAUCGAUUUUUACAAGGGAGCUUUUUCGGUAAAAUGUAGCAUGAGUGAUGAAGAUAUAAUAAGAACUUUUUCACCAAUUUGGUCGUUCUACUUUUUCAAUUUGAUUCAACCUAUCAUAUCGAUGAAGUUGGAGGAGCCAGAAUUUAUGGCAAUUGUUUGGCUGAUGUUUUUUGAUAGCAGCUACUCAAAUAUAUCCGAUGAAUGUCUGGAAAUGUGCAGAAAUAUCAGAAAAAUUGUUUUGAGGGAGCUACGGAACUAUCAAAUAGAUAUAAAUUGUGGAGAAAAGCGAUUUGAAACACUGGAGUCAUUGGAAUAUUUCGAAAAAGGAGAUAAAAAAUUGAUGGAAGAAAUUCUCAUUUGUCAGAUUAAUAAUAUCAAAAUACACGACGAUUUUCGAGAAAUACUCAGCGAGACUAAACUUUAA